GAGUCAUUGGGCACCGCUGGAUCCGUUCUUGCUCGGUCAAAACUGGACUCAAACCUUGAUUUCAUCGCCUGCUGCAAGCAUCCCUUCCAGAGCUGCCGGUGUGUUGUCAAACACCUGAGAGGCCAGAGGAGACAUUUCUAAGAACUCGGCAGUACCCGGAGCGUUCAUCGUUGCCCUGUCAGUACUUUAGGGUCUUAACCAACACCCAUAAUGAGCGCGAAAUUUGAAAUGAGCAAUGCAAACCUUAAAGUUGGGGCUCGUCUGAAGAUAAAGGGAGAAAUUUUGCCUGAUGCUCAAAGAUUCCAGAUUGACCUUGGCUAUGAUUCACAAGACUUGGCUUUGCAUUUCAACCCGCGAUUUCACAAUGAUACCGAUGGAGGGGUUAUUGUGUGCAACUCAAAGAUUGCUGGCUGCUGGGGCGAGGAGAAAAGAGAAAUGCACAACCCUCUGCAUAGAGGCACACAUGUCAAGAUUGUGUUGAAGCUCACCGGUGAUAUGUUUGAAGUCGAACUUCCCGAUGGAUACGAAAUCCAGUUUCCGAACCGUGUUGACAUGGCGGCCAUCGACUAUGUCAACAUCACAGGAGACUUCAAAGUCACUUGCAUAAAAAUCUGUUAGGAUCUCAAAUGUGUACAAUGAAUUCUCACUUUUAUUUGUUGUCGUAAAAAUGUAAGCAUUCCCCAUUUUGAAGCCAAUUCCACUUUAUAUGCCAGACCAUCUCCAAACUACCAAAAAAAAAAUCUCUCUCAUGGAUUCAUUUGUACUAGAUUGCUUUGGCUACAUGUGGCUUUUUGACAUUAAAUUAUGAGUGGCAUGACA